AUGACAUUGGAUAGUUUGAUAAGGGCAGCAUGGAGGACCCAAUACCAGGCAUUCCAAGUGAAGAUGCAUGGUAACUUGGAUAAGGAGGAGGAGGAGGAGCAUCCUAGGCAAUCGAGGAAGGGUCUUUCUAGGGGGGAGAUGAUACGACGACAAAAGGGUACCCAAAAGAAGGGGAAAGAGAAGGACUCAGACGAGGACAUGAGGGGUGAACCUCGGCGGAACCUCGGCAUCAACAAGAUCGUUCAGAAGCACCUGGGGAUUGGUCGUGCCAGGAAGGGCGGUGGGAAGGGGGCCGCUGCCUUGUCCGCCCGCCCUGGCCGAUUCCGUAACAUCAGUUAUAGACCCCCGCAACGUUCAUAA